AGGCAUUCUCACUUCGUCUCUGUUCUCGAAAGUACAAGAGAUGUGCUACUUUCCCACAUUUCCCUGAAGGCAUCAAGCGCCGGAUCCGUUAAAUUACCCUCAGAGGGCUCGAAAGUGUCUCAGGAUAACUCCUUCAAUAACGCUUUUUCAGGCCUGCACGUUGAUAAGCCGACCGAGCAGUUCCUGAAUGCACCAGACAUUCCAAAAGCUGAUAGAAGAGAGCCCGAUUAUCAUGCCGCAAAGCUUCACGAUGACAACGAAGCUAUGUGUGUAUUCUAUAUGCUCAUCUUCGACUACAGCAAUCUCCGAGGCAUGAUUCAUACGAUCUGGGAAAAAUAUGAAAGAGGUUUGUAUGACCUGAGUGCCGUGUCGAUCACGACGAACGUUGCUCUUGAUCUCGCCAGAGAGCUUGAGGAGGAUGCACAAGUUAUGUUU